AUGGCCCGGGUUAAGUUCAACGUUAACACCGAAUAUGCCUAUUUGCAAAACUUCAAGGUCCUGCAGAACGUCUUUGCGCGCCACACCGUCAACAAGCCUAUCCCCGUCCAAUCCCUUACCAAAUGCCGCAUGCAGGACAACUUGGAGUUCCUCCAGUGGACCAAGCGAUACUGGGACCAGCACUACCCCGGUGGUGAUUAUGAUGCCGUCGGUCGACGAAGGGCUUCAGGUGCCCCCGCUGGUGCCCCAGCUGCUCGUGCUCCCUCCGCAGGCUCACGACGCGGAGUGACCCCAACUACUACCAGUGCUGCCCGCCCCCGUGUUGCUACCGCGGGUGGUGGUGCUCCUUCUGCUGCUUUGCAGCAGGAGGUUGCGACUCAGAAGGAGGCGAUUGCCGGUCUUGAGAAGGAGCGCGACUUCUAUUUCGCUAAACUGCGUGAUAUCGAGCUGCUGCUUCAAAGUGCCAUCGAGGCCGAUCCGGAAUUGGAGAAGGAGGAGGAUACGCUUGUGAAGCACAUCCAGGGCAUUCUUUACUCUACUGAGGACGGUUUCGAGAUCCCCGCUGAGGGCGAGGAGGGUGCGGCCGAUGAUUUGGAGACAUUUUAA